AUGAUUCAGAGAAUGAGAACUUUGCAACAAACUGGCAUAUUUCUGAAACAGAAUCCAGGUGAAGCACAUCUUACUAUUGAUGAGUUGCAAGAAAUGGCAGCUAGUAACAAUUCUGCUGCCUUCAUUUCUAAGGUCUCUAGGUAUGUUGCCAACAUUGCCGGUUCAAAUGCGUAUUGGCAUAAGAUAAAAGAAGACCUUAAAGCAAUAAUAACAAAUGUUGGAACACCUACACUGUUCUUUACUUUUUCAUCAGCUGAUAUGCAUUGGCCUGAACUUCACUCAUUGUUUGAGGGGAACAAUGACAACAGCAGUGAGGCAAAACGUCAAAAUGUCAUUAAUAAUCCACAUCUUGUUGACUGGUUCUUUACUCAAAGAUUAGAGAGCUUUAUUAAAUACUGGUUGUAUAAUACUCUUGAUGCAAAAUGGCACUGGUUCAGGUAUGAAUACCAAGGUAGAGGUAGCAUACACUGCCAUGGCACUGCUAAACUAAAGAAUGAUCCAGGAUUAUGUGAACUCACUCAGAUUGCCUUAAAAGGUUUCUUAGCUCAAAAAUGCAAAGAUGAGCAUGGCAUAGAUACUGCAGAACAAAACCAGGAUAUUGAAGCUGGUAAUGAAGCAGCUGGCAUUGCAUGUCAGUAUGUUGAUUGGUUGUUAUCAACAGUUAAUCCUAACUCACCAGAAAACAAUAUGUGGAUCAGGCCACAGGUACAUCCAUGCCAGAGAUCAUAUAAAGAUAUUCCUGAAGAAGAACUAGAUUCUGAUUACAUUGAUCUGUUGAAUACAGUUCAAAGGCAUACCCAUUGUAGUACUUACUAUUGUCUAAAAAAAAAGCACAAUGAUUCUGAUUUAAAAUGUAGAUUUAACUUCCCAUUUGAACACUGUUCACAGACAAAGUUAGAAUUUGAACAAGUUCACACUAAGAGUGCUGAACCACAUUACAGAGCAAAAAUUGUCACUAAAAGAAAUGAUCCUAGACUAAACAAUCACCAACAGCUACAGCUACAAGGCUGGAGGGCAAACUGUGACAUUCAAGUUGUGAUUGAUCAUUAUGCUUGUGUUGAAUACCUUACAAAGUAUACUGCUAAGGGUGAGCCAAGGUCCCCAUUACUUAAACAUGCAUUUAAUUCUAUUGUCCAAAAUGUUUAUGUCAACAGUGAUCCACACAAAGCUAUUAAAAAAGUUGUAAUGAAAACUCUUGGUGAGCGAGAUUAUUCUGCUCAAGAAACAAUGCAUCAUCUAUUAUCAUUGAAAUUGCACAGCUCCUCAUUCAAUGUUGUUCCUGUGAGUCUAAAUGGCUCAUGUAGAGUACAUUCAAACCAGGCAGUUGAUAACGAUAAUACAAGCUGUACAAACAAUUCACCCCUGGAUGUUUAUGCUAAUCGUCAACAUUAUGAUAGCUCACCAGAGACAAUGAACCUAAACUUUGUGCAGUUUAUGACUAAAUACAAAGUUGAUAGUGAAAACCUCAUAAAAUUGCCAGACAAUGUCAUUCCACGCAUUUUCCCAACUUAUUCUUCCAAUCCAAAAGGGCCAAAUUUUCCUAAUUAUUGCAAGUAUCAGCUGUUAAGAUACAAACCUUGGAAACAUACCCAAAAUGAUGCAUGGGGUAACCAAGAAUCAUGUGAUGAAGUAUUUAUUUCUCACUGGCAGCAAUUUUUGCAAACACCCUAUGCUCAAGCUAAUGUCCCAGGGUGGCUUGAUAAACUUGAAACUGUUAUCUUAAGUCAAGGAGAAACUGAGAAUUUCCCUCAGGAACAAGACAGUUUAGAUCGUGAAGAGUGGAUGGUCAUAUCUGAUCUCCUUACUCCAUUUGAAAAUAUUGAACAAACAGAAUCAACUGACUACUGCCAUCAAGACAGAGCUAACUACACUGAUCAACAAAUUGGUGAAAUGCCUAAUUGGAUUCCUACCAUAAAAGAACAAUCAAGUACUACAAUACAACAACCAUAUGAUAUUGUAGACAUAAAUAGUUUCAGUAGAAUGCAAGAACUUGCAUAUAAUAUUAUAAAAGCACAUUUUCAAGAUCAAUCACCAGUAAAAGAACCCUUGUUUCUUAUCAUAAUAGGUGAAGCUGGCACUGGCAAAAGCUAUCUUAUUAAUGCCAUUCGUAAUCUUUUGCAAAGUAAAUGUGCAGUAACUGCUACAACUGGAAAAGCAUCUUUUAAUAUUAAAGGUGUUACAAUUCAUUCCUUACUGAAACUACCAAUAGGAGCAAGAGUAGAUGAAUAUUCUAUGCUCGGACAAAAUACAUUUGGUUGGAUUGACAAACGUUGCAAAGAAGCAACUGGUCACCAUGGUCAUGUUCUUGGAGGGAAAUCUUUCAUUUUGACUGGUGACCCAGGCCAGUUACCCCCUGUUGCAGAUAAAGCACUUUAUCAUCCCAAACCAUCAACUGCUAUUGCAGACCAGGGGUACCAAACAUAUAGAACGUUUGAAAAAGUAGUUAAGCUUACUGUUAAUCAAAGAGUACAAGGUGCCAGUAUAGAGCAGCGGCAAUUCAGAGACUUGCUUAUGAGAUUACGUGUUGGUGAUUCCUCAUCCACUGAUUGGGAAAUGCUUCUGACAAGGCAACCAGCAAAUAUAAGUGAUCUAACUCAAUUUGAUGAUGCUACUAGAUUGUUUUAUAGUAAUGACCAAGUUGCGUCAUAUAAUCAUGAUCAACUUAUAAAACUGCAACAACCUAUUGCUGUUAUUAAUGCGUACCAUUCUUCAAUAACAGGAAAAAAAAAUUCUCCUGCAGACAUGUCAGGUCUAGAGCCAGUAGUAUUUCUAGCAAAGGGUGCAAAAGUAAUGCUUACAAUGAAUCUUUGGCCAUCUGUUGGACUCUGCAAUGGUGCUACUGGAACAGUAAUUGAUUUUAAAGAUCAAGUUGACCAGAGACCACCCCACUUGCCUAUAGCUGUAAUUGUUCAAUUUCAUGAAUACAAUGGUCCAUCCAUCAGUGAUACAUUACAUUCAUGUGUUCCAAUAUGUCCUGUAACUGUCUCUGCCCAGCUCUCUGAAGGUGUCCAUGAGAGGCAACAAUUGCCUCUCAGGCUAGCAUAUGCCCUUACAAUACACAAAAGUCAGGGGCUUACACUUCCUAAAGCCUGGAUAGAUAUAUUGGGAAAUCAGAAAAAACUGCUGGUAUCUCUUAUGUUGCUAUUAGCAGAGUAA